AUGUACACUUCCAUCAAAUCAUUUCUUGCUCAGAAGGGCCCAGUCCGUCUCCUUGAAAGCCAUGACCAAUUCUCUACUGAGUUGAUUCGUGAUACCGUGGGUGAAAGCGGCCAGUCUUUUCAAGGUGUCUGGAUCAGCGGCCUCACUCAAACGACUCAUCUUGGCAUCCCUGAUACGGAGAUCAUUUCGCCCCUCCGUCGUGCUAUCCUGGAGGCUGGGAGCAUCAAGCUACAUACUAAACAUGAUCGUUCCCUAUGUGCUGCCUUCGACGCUGAUAGUGGCGGUGAUGUAGCCGAUAUUCCCGCUUUGGUUGCUGUGCUGACAACCAUUGGAGUUUCAAUGGUGAUCGUCGAAGACAAGACCUUAGAAGAACCUGGCAAAAAAGUCAAUUCUCUUCUCAAAGCAAUUGGGUCUCAAGAUCAGGCAGACCCGCAUGAAUUUGCGAAAGUCAUUCAGGCAUUUCGAUCUGCCACGCUUGGCAGGGAAUUGCUAGUCACAGCAAGGAUUGAAUCCUUCAACGUCCGUAUUGCGAAGGAUGACGCCGCGGAAGAGGAGGCCUCUGUUCAAUCGUCACUACAGGAUGCUCUAGCACGUGCUGCCGUGUAUACUGAGGCGGGUGCUGAUGCAAUCAUGAUCCACAGCAAAAGCUCCAGUCCCUUCGAGGUUCUGGCAUUCCUAGAACGAUUUCGUGACAGGGAUCCAAUUACUCCUCUGGUAGUGGUGCCGACUACCUAUUCCAGCACAACACGGGCUAGUUUGGUCGAUGCUGGAGCCAACAUUAUCAUAUAUGCCAACCAUUUGAUGCGGGCUAAGAUCAGAGCCGUUCAGAAUGUUUCGGAUCACUUGUUGGCAAUUAUUCCAGGGCUCUUUGCCAACAAUGAGAAUGCGAGAGCCUCUCUUAAAGCCCGGAACUACGCUUAUCUACUACGAACUUUGCUUGAGAGAGAUUAUUGGGGUGAUGAGAAGGAUGAGGAGGCGAGGCAGUAUUUGGUAAUUGCCCACAAGCGUGCCAUCGAGAACAUGAGGGCUGCUGUUGAAGAGCUGGCUUUUGGCGAAAAGUCUGGUUGCGAAGCUGACGAGCGAAUCAUUCCUGUGAAAACUUUGUUGCAGAUCAAUGCCCUUCAGCUAGCGACGGUCUAG